UGAGCACAUUCUCCGCUUCCUUUGCUGGAGUAAUAUGAACUGUGGGCUGUGUAUUAGUGGAAAGGAGAGUUAGAGAGAGAGAACAAAAGGUUCUACUUGUACUCCACAAUCCUCUCCGUCUUUCUAAAGGUUUCUUUCCUCUCUUCCCUUUAUCGUCCAACCGCUCCAGUUUUGUGAGUCCGUCCCAGACCGGCUGGUGUCUUCCUUUGAUCAAAAUGGAGCUCAGAGUAGGCGGAAAGUACAGGCUAGGACGUAAAAUUGGUAGUGGAUCUUUUGGUGACAUUUAUCUUGGGACUAACAUUGCUACCAAAGAAGAAGUAGCCAUCAAGUUAGAAUGCGUAAAGACGAAACAUCCUCAACUUCACAUAGAAGCAAAGUUUUACAAAAUGAUGCAGUCGGGAGUCGGCAUACCCUCCAUUAAAUGGUGUGGUACAGAAGGCGACUAUAAUGUCCUAGUGAUGGAGCUACUAGGCCCUAGUUUAGAGGAUUUAUUUAAUUUCUGUUCUCGGAAGUUCUCAUUAAAGACGGUACUACUGCUUGCCGAUCAGCUGAUUAAUCGCAUAGAAUACAUUCACUCAAAAAACUUCAUUCAUCGCGACGUAAAACCCGAUAAUUUCCUAAUGGGUCUUGGGAAGAAAGGCAACCUGGUGUAUAUAAUCGACUUUGGUUUGGCAAAGAAGUAUCGAGACACACGAACUCAUCAGCACAUACCUUACCGGGAAAACAAGAACUUAACAGGAACUGCUCGUUACGCCAGCAUCAAUACUCACCUGGGGAUAGAACAAAGUCGUCGUGACGACCUUGAGUCCCUUGGGUACAUGUUGAUGUAUUUUAAUUUGGGGAAUCUACCGUGGCAAGGACUGAAAGCUGCUACUAAGAAACAAAAAUAUGAGAAAAUAAGCGAAAAGAAGCUCUCGACUCCAGUUGAAGUAUUAUGCAGAGGCUACCCAGGUGAAUUUGCCACUUACUUAAAUUUUUGUCGUGGUCUUAAGUUUGAGGACAAGCCCGACUACACUUACUUGAGACAGUUGUUUAGGAACCUCUUUCAUCGUCUAGGAUAUACGUAUGACUAUGUGUUUGACUGGAACACAGCUGGAAUUCCUACAAGUGAUCACAUGUCAUCUGCCCCUAGUCACGGAAUGGCUGUAGGAUAUCGCGACGGGCUCCACCCCUCCUCUGGCCCCCUACAGUACUCUCACAUGGCCACUCCUUCCUCUCGACAGGCAAUAGCAACCACUACUCCAAUGUCUCGGCCGCACCCGACCAUGACAUCACCUAUGCACCCAAUGCCAAUGAUGAGGACUAGGUCAAGAAGUGAUAAGGAGAAGCAGGGUAUCACUGGUCACUCUAGUGGGGCUGGUGGUAUGCCAUCAUCAAUGCUCCAGGCAUCAGGUGGAGCUGUUGGUGGCCUGUCAGACGAUCGACUAGUCGGUUCAAUGGACUAUCAUCACUCGCACCACGUCCAACCACCACCUCCUCAACCAGAGUUCCUUCAUCCUAGUCCUAUGGAGAGGAUGACCACCAGAUCACAUGCACGACAGUUAAGAAGUUCCUCUAGGCCCUCGGAUAAGGACCUGAGAGAUCCUGCCACUGCACAAAAUACUCAAAUGUCUGCAGCUAGUCGAUUCAAAUCUGCCUUUUCGAAAAAAUAAGAGUAGCUGGAGGAGACUAAUUUGAUCUUCUCUCUCUCCUUUCAUUUUCUCUCUUGUAACAUCUUCUGACAUGUCAAGGGAGUGUAUUAUAAAAAACUAACUUACCAAAUCUUCUAGUUCAUCGCAAGAUUAAUGUCUUCUACUACUUCUUCUCGAAUCUUGUUCUCAUGCACAGUCCCGUGUGUGUGUAUAUGUGUGUGUCCUCUCUCUCUCUCUCUCUCUCUCCUGAUCAAAGGGAUCAUCUUCUAUUUGUUGUUUUCUUUUUAUUAAGUUUCUUGCAUGUCACGUGUGUGUGUGUGUGUGUGUGUGGCCCUAGUUGUGAUACAAACCAUUCAGUGUUCAUUGCAAUGCAAUGGUUGGACAUGUACACACACACACACUCAUAUUCUCUCUCUCUCUCAUUUUGGGUUCAUUUCUUCAUUCAUACG